CUCGGUGCUGCAGAGCUCCCCGGGUGGCCAUGGCGAGCAGCGCACAGCGACCACCCGAGUGGCGCAGCAGUGUCAGAUUCUUGAUCAAGUACCAACUCCAUGGAUCCAGGACAGGUUUGUCCCAUGGCCUGCUCUGAACAGUGUGUGGUCUGUUAGAAGAUUCCGUCGGCAAACCAUCUCUGGCCUUACAGAACAAGCAAAGAAGAUGGGUCUUCUGAAGAGCCAUCUGACUGUGUGUUUACCACCUUCUGUGCCCUUUUUAAUCCUAGUAUCCACUCUAGCCACUGCUAAGAGUGUGACCAACAGCACUUUAAAUGGCACUGAUGUGGUCUUGGGCUCUGUGCCCGUAAUCAUUGCCAGAACUGACCAUAUCAUAGUCAAAGAAGGGAACAGUGCCUUGAUUAAUUGCAGUGCUUAUGGCAUUCCUGACCUAGAGUUUAAGUGGUAUAAUUCUGUUGGCAAGCUGCUGAAAGAAAUCGACGACGAGAAGGAGAGAGGAGGAGGAAAAUGGCAAAUGCUGGAUGGUGGCCUCCUGAACAUCACCAAGGUGUCAUUCUCGGACAGAGGUAAAUACACAUGUGUGGCAUCUAACAUCUAUGGCACUAUAAACAACACGGUGACCCUGAGAGUCAUCUUUACCUCUGGAGACAUGGGUGUGUACUAUAUGGUUGUGUGCCUCGUGGCCUUCACAAUUGUCAUGAUCCUCAACAUCACUCGCCUGUGUAUGAUGAGCAGCCACCUGAAGAAGACUGAGAAAGCCAUCAAUGAGUUCUUUAGGACAGAAGGUGCAGAGAAGCUGCAGAAGGCUUUUGAGAUUGCUAAACGCAUCCCCAUCAUAACCUCAGCCAAAACUCUAGAGCUUGCCAAAGUGACUCAGUUCAAAACCAUGGAAUUUGCUAGGUACAUUGAAGAGCUUGCUAGGAGCGUGCCCCUGCCUCCCCUCAUCAUGAACUGCAGGACGAUCAUGGAGGAGAUCAUGGAAGUGGUCGGGCUGGAAGAGCAGGGGCAGAAUUUUGUGAGGCAUACCCCAGAAGGCCAGGAAGCCCCAGAUAGGGAUGAGGUAUACACCAUCCCCAACUCUCUGAAACGAAGUGAGUCCCCCACUGCCGACUCGGAUGCUUCGUCAUUGCAUGAACAGCCUCAGCAGAUUGCCAUCAAGGUUUCAGUUCACCCCCAGUCCAAAAAGGAUCAUGUGGAUGACCAGGAGGGAGGACACUUUGAGAUCAAAGAUGAAGAGGAGACAGAACCAUCGGAGGAACACUCCCCAGAGACUGCAGAGCCUUCUACAGACAUAACGACCACAGAGCUGACAUCUGAAGAGACGUCACCUGUAGAGGCACCAGAACGAGGACUGCCACCAGCACACCUAGAAACAACAGAGCCAGCAGUGACAUGUGACAGAAACACCUGCAUUAUUUAUGAAAGCCAUGUCUAAUCUUAACUCCGAAAAGCUAUGCAUAUCAAGAAAAUCAGGGGCUGCUCCUUAAUACAAAUGUAGUAUGCACUUGCCGCUAAGCCUUACCAGGAGACGCUCAUCCCUUAGGUAAGAGUGAUGCCCCGGCGAGAGGGAAGACACCUGCAUGGAGUUCAUGUGACUGGAAUCACCCCAGUAGAAAAGGAUCUGAAGAGUGCUCGGGUACAGAACUGAUAAGAUGGGGCAGGGAUCUGUCCGUGUGAUCUGAAUUGUAGAGGCCAUUUUCUGCCAAAUUCCUUAAUUGGUGAUGCCCUUUUGGCCAAGAGUACACUAUUAUUGUAAGACAUUCUGAGUUCAGGAGCCCUGUCUAAUGCAUACUGCAUUGCUUUUCCUUUGAAAAUUACAGGUCUGCUAUAGUAGCAAAUGCUCACAUAUGGGUUUGUUGCACUUUCUUCUCAGUUUUAAUUGUCUUUGCCAUUCUUUUCCAAUGGAGUAGUUGUUAUUAUAUUAAUAUUAAUUGUUCUUUCUGCUAGAAUCCCCUGUGUCACCUUUGUCCUUAUUUUCCCUUAGUAGGUUGACCUCAAGAGUCUUGGGUGUCAGUUGCUGACACAGCUGAUAUCUGUAAGUCAUGUGUAAUGCUCCAAAGUAGUUACUGUACUCUUUUCUUUUCCCUAAUUUUCUCUUUUAAAAAAAUUAAUAACCUCAUAUCUAUUUUUCAUAUGCUUUUUGUUUCCAACAAAGCUGCUAUUGUGAAACUGAGAAAAACUUUGACCCCAGAUAGCACUUUAAGAGUCAAAUAAAAACAUUUACCUGCUGAGUUCUGAGCGCAUUCAGCUGAGGUAUACAGCAAGAUUAUAAAUGCUUAGAUAUACCUAUAGCACUCAUGUAAAUGGUUUGCAUGUAUGUGUAAGACCAAAUGAAGGAAGGUUCUUUCCCUGAGAGAUUUACUUCCAAAGAGGGAGGUAUCUGGUCAUUUCCUGUAGGUAUAGCACAUCAGCUUCCCACAAGGCCUUGCAGGACCUAUAGGGUAUUGUCAGCUCAGCAGCAGAUUUAAGGCAGCAACUCAUAGCUCUGUGAACAGUAUAACCAGGUCCCCAUUAGACUGCAUACUUGACUUGUUGGUCAUUGCAAGAUGAGGAUAAUAACAAAGAUGAUUUUUAUCCUGAAAUGAUAGAAUUCUUUGUCCCACUAAAAUGCAAUGUGUGUAAGGCAGCUUGAUAUAAGAGAAAAAAGACAAACCAGCCGUCCAGAGGUUUAAUACUUGACUGUACCAAUAACUAGCUGGCAGGCUUUUGGCAAGUCUAGGCCUCAGUUUUCCUCUCAGUAAAUCAGGGCAAAUUGGAUGAACUCUGAGCACCAUUCCCCGCCCCCCUCCCCUGCCCGCAUCACAUUCAGAGAAAGAACCCAAUAUUAAAACUAUCUUUUGCCUCUUUUCAUAAUUGUUUUAAAGAUUUUUGCUUUCAUCUCUGGGUUACCGAGCCAGUUUUAAUGCUAUGUUAUUUACUCAAAUGAAAAGGAUCACAGCAUUUUCAACAAAAUCGAGAAUCACUCCCCUCCAAAAAAAUAAAUUAUGAGGCCCUCUUCUCUGAUGUAGAUUUAAUCUCAGUAAGAAUGAUGAGUGCUGUUAUUUUAUUUUCAAAUACAAACAAGGGAGACUGCAACUUUAAAACAGGCAUCAGAGGCCUGGUGGGUGUGAUGGGGUUGUCAGAACAGAACCAGGUGUUUAAUAACCACAUGAUUGCCAUCAGAGGAAGUGACCAUGAACAACUGCUUCCGUACUGCAGUGUUGAUCUUUUUCACCUGAGUGGGGAUAGACUAUGCUGGUAACGGUCAGUAGAGUAGGUGAGCACUUGAAGCACCCUUAGACUUUUGUGGAAAGUCUUCAAACUGUAAUUAUCCUUUGAAGUCAAUGGGUACAAAAGCGGGCAUAUGAGAUGUGGUGCUUGUGUGCCACACACUCUACAGCAGCUGUAUCUGUAAGUGAAGGUAGUAGGACUGUUGCAGGACAAAGUUAUGGACAAUUCAAGUGGAAAGCAACCUGACAAGACUUGGAGUUUGAUCAGAUUUACCUUUAUGAGAAAUGUCUCAUUGGCUCCAAAUUGAACUUUCUUAUGGGUCACCUAAAGAAACCUAUAGCCUGCAGCCAUAAGAAGCCUUGACUUCUUUUUGGACUCUCUGGAUGGGGAUUUUAUACAGUCACAUUGAAGAAAAGUUUUAUCCCCAGCUUUUAAAAUAUAUAGAGUCCAUGAUUUUCAUGAAGAUUGACAAAUACUUACUUUUGAUAUAUAUGCCCAGAGUAACAACAGGGACUAACUACUGAAUGUUUUGUGAUGAUACGUGAAUUCUAUUCUAUUCAGUUCUCACUCCAUCCAAACCCAUGUGCAGAAUUCCUCGUGGAAGCAGCAGGGCAAGGUACCCAUUCCAUACAGAUACUGAUCUAGGAGAAUAUUUGAAAGGAGGCAGAUUUACUAUGAAACAAGAGCUGAGAUAUAUGACCAAAAGAUGUUUCCAGCUUGGCUUUGAUUCUUCAGCCUGCAGUGGGAUGAUUUUUCAGACUUCCCUCUUUAAGGCAUUAGAUGUCCUUGGGACAAGACUCUCCUACCUUAAAGGGAGCUUGGCUUCAUAUGGAAUUUCUCUAUCCAGAUUCUAUGCUCUAGAUAUCCCUCCACAGAGCCUUCCAAAAUGAGAACAGCCUCUUACACGAAUCUGAAAUGUGGAAGACCUCGUAACAACUCAGCUGAUAGUUUCCCCCAAAAGUAAACCAUUCACAUCCUUAGAAUUAUUCAUGGAGUCCCAUUGACCAUACACACACCUACACAACGAACUCAUUUGGGUAGUUUUAAAAGUGCAACAUUCAAUCCCAGCAUUCAAUAUUCUAUCCCAACCUUUGGAUCUGCUAUAGUCAGUCAUUCUUUAAAAAAAUCAGUUUCUGGUUUCUGACUCAUCCUGGUUAUACCUCUAGCAAUUUUUUUUCUUGAAAUUCUGAAAAUGAUUCACAUACAUAUGCAUAUUUAAUUCUCUUAGAUAAUCUAUAAACUUGGAUGGUAUUUAUUCUGAAUGGGGAAAAUACCCAAAAUUUUAUAUGGGGAAAAAUCUAUGUAAUUUAUAAUGGUUUGUUUUAUAUAUUCAUAUUUUCAUAUCUUUAGGGCACAUCUGUUGUUCUCAUCUUUUUGUACAUCACAGUUGGCAAAAAGAAACACUAAUACUUGACUAAAAUCUCUAGGAACCAAAUGUGAUAUAUGUCAUACAUAAUGUAUAUAAAUUGCUCUAGAAAUACCUGAAUGUUCCCACCCAAGCCAAGCAUUGUUUUGUUGUGUCAUUGCAGCCAGGAUGUCUGGGGUGCUUAUGAACAUUACUUUUUCACAAGGAAGAUUGAAAGGCCUGAUAUCCUACACAGUGGCUCUCAGACUCUCUCUCCCUUUGUUAUCUUAUUUGUCCCUUCUUUAACUGAGUGAAUCCUUCUAAAGGGCAAAUGAGAGCCAGUGAGAAAGCAAGAGGAAUGAAUCCAGUUAUGGCUUAUGUAAAUCAGAUUAACAGAUUGAGGGCAUACUUUAAAUCCCAGGCUCGGGGUGCCAUUCACUGGCAAUGCAGCAUCUACUCAGUUCUAUUGCACACAAAGGGUAGGGCAUGAAGAAUGAAUGAAUGCUUGCAUGUUUUGGACAGGCACGGUGGACUUUUAGUGCAGCCACUGUUGGUGACUAUGGGGAUACCCUGUGGCCCUGGAAGAAAUGUUCUAGAAAAUCAAAUCAGUUACCUUUUCUCACACGCUUUGAAGUAGUAUGUUUAUUCCUUUUAGGACUUUUAAAUGCCAGUCCCAGUGGUUACAUGAAGUAGGGAUUUCCUUUCAAUGUUCUCAUUUGGUAAGAAAGGGAGCAUCAAAGUCUCUUUAAAACAAUCUUUUCUCAGUACAUUCAACUGCUUUCCUCCAUGUCUUAGGACAUCCUCUCAGAAACCCUGUAAGUAAUUUCUAUUUCUAUUGUUGCUUCUUAAACACUUACUGGUAGUCUUUAAAUAUCACUCAAACUCCAUUAUAGAUCUACACACACGCACACAGUUUUGAACAUCUAUUAACUUUAAGAUAUUGAUUUUACAUUUCACCAAUAAAGCCUUCAAAUCAUUAACGAAGUUCAUUUUCGUAAUGACCUUUUUAUGAUUUCUUCAGAGAUUAAUAGGUUUUGAUGAAGCAAAUAAUUUGUGGAUAAAAUAAUCAAAUAGCACAUAAUGAUUUAUCAUAUUUCCCAAAAGACUAAGUGGUUGAUUAUUAUACAAAAAAAUCUCAUGUAAGAAGGAUGCUCUUUAAAUGACUUUUCCUUAAAAAUGGGCAUGUAACGGGGCUAGCUCUGAGAAUACUACAAUCAUGAAAGAUAGCUAGAAUAAAGCUAGAAAGUAAAUAAUUCUAAGAACAUUAUGGGAAAAAAAUUAAUUUUAUUAUUUAACGAAUUAAAAGCCUCAAAAUGUAUCUCUAAUACUACAGAACCAUGAACAGUGAGUUGGUUUCAGAGAAUAUGUUCGCAUCCAUUUUGGGUUUACUGUGCUUUACUAGUUCUGAACAUUCUUUGUUAAAUUGGAAAUGAGAAAUGAGAUGGAAGAUGAAUCAAGAAGAAAUAAGAAAUAAUUUAAAGGUAUAAACAAAUGACUAAGAUAGAAGUUGAUAUUGCUGUAGUAAAAAGAAACCAUGGCUUGUGACCCAUCCUGUAGUCUGAUUGUUGCUUUAAUAAAGGGUUUACACAGGUG